UUUAUUACAGCACUAAUUACGAGAUGCACGAGUGUUGACCCUGGUGACAUGAUGGAGAUAUUUCGGCCUGCUAGGGAAAAAACUCAGUAAACGUAGAUAUAUUGACAAAAUUUACGAGCUGAUCGCCAACCAGGAGAUCAGAAUGAUCGCAUCUGCUCCUGCCACUUUAAGGAUGGUAAGAAGGAGGGGGACCCUGCAUAUUUUGCAUGGAAUGAAGGAAAGGCCAUGGAUUUCUCUGAUCCUGAAUGUACAAAAAGGGUCUCUGCCAAAAUCUUUUGAGGAUUUUUCCUCUGCUAGAGCAUCCAUGGAUGCAAUUGAAACAACCCAGGACAUCCCAACACAUAUGGCCAAUCAGGCCAUGGCCUACAGUUCUACUUCUGAUGUAGCUAUUGUACGUCACAGCCAAGUUUUACGAAAGUUCAAAGCUGGAGACCUUAUUUUGGCGGUCAAAGGUUUCACCAUUCAUGACCAGUUGCCCCAGGGUGUCUGCUUAAAUAUACCAGCUUUUUUAUCGACAUGAGGCCAGUUUACCAAACAAGAAGCAGCACUGUGUUACAAGAUUGCUAAAGCACGUAUUCAUGUGGAAAGAGCCAACGAGAGGAUAAAGAAUUACGAGAUUCUCCGUCACAUCCCAUCUACUUACAGACCAAUCUCAACAAAAAUAUUUCAACUCUGUUCUUGUCUUGUAAACUUGCAAGCUCCACUUUUGAAAGAAAUUACUUAAAGAUACAUGUACUUAUCAUAAAUUUGCAUUGGUGUGUGACAGUAUGUUAAACUAAACAG